AAUGUUGAUGACGACAAGAGAAAUGCUGGUGAAAGGAAACAUCCUGAACAUGUGACAUAAAACAACCAAUCAACGCUCUUGCGGGAGUACUUUAAGCAAAAGACCGAAGAUGGCCGAGGUAGAUUUUGGUGACAGUGAACUCUUUGAGCAAUUGGGAGAGAGUAUGCCUACUGCAACUCACAUUCGGUUCACGGAGGAUGGAGAAGAAGGCUCUGAGCUCAAGGGAAGAUUGGGGGAGUGUGAGGAAACAAUACGGAGUUUGAUAGAAGAGAACCAAGAGUUGAAGAGAAAAUUGAAAGUGUUGACCAGGCCAAGUGGCAUUAAUGUUGAAAACAUCAAGAUUGAUGGUCCUCUUCUACACAUCCUUUUUGCGAACAAUAACAUCUCAAAGCAAUGCCGUCAAGAAAUUGAAGACUGCCUCUGUAGUAUUGUUCAGAAACAGCAGCAGCAGGGAGAAGUUGAAAAAGGAAAUCCCUACGGAAAUGUCAACCCUCAGUCUUCAAGUUUCAUUAUGAAAGAAGAUCAGAAGACCAAGACCUGUGGAAUCAAAAAGAUUAAGGAGGCCUUCAGUAUGGUGGGAAGUGUCCUGUAUUUCACCAGUUUCUGUCUGGACAAACUUGGACAGCCCCUGCUAAAUGAUAACCCCCAGCAGACAGAAGGAUGGGAGGUUCCAAAAUAUCAGCAGAUCUUCAGCCAGGUCAUUGCCUUGGAUGGACAAGAAGUACAGAUGAAAGAGAAAAGAGCUAAGCCUUGUUGUUUCAACUGUGGGUUGGAUGGUCAUCAACUUCGAGACUGUCCUCAGCCAAAGGACAUGGCCAGAAUCAACAAGAAGCGGAAGGAGGUAUGUCACGGUAACCAGGGAAACCUGAGCAAUCAGCGUUACCAUGCUGAUGAAGUGGAGGAGCGAUUUGCCAAAUACAAACCUGGAUUCAUAAGUGAAAAGCUGCUGUCUGCACUGGGAGUUGAUAUGAACGCACUACCACCUCACAUCUACCGCAUGAGGCAGCUAGGCUACCCACCUGGCUGGCUUAAGGAGGCAGAGAUGGAGAACUCCGGUCUCAUGCUUUAUGAUGGGAAGGUUUCAAGUGAUGAAGAACCAGCAGAGGACAAUGGACCAAAAAUCUCCUAUGAUGUUUCCAAGCUUGUAGAUUUCCCAGGCUUCAAUAUAUCUUCACCCCCUAGUGUGAAGGAUGACUACAGGCUAUAUGGCUCUAUUCCUAUGCAGCAUAAUCACAUGAAGCAGAAUUUUGCUGCUUAUCUCUCUAACAAUUUUCCAAUGCCUGGUGCCAACUGCAAUAAAAGACCACAUGAAUCCUACUCAACUCCCCGGCAGACAAAGAAAAGGAGAUCUGAUGCCAGGAGUUCAGAUAUGGACUUUGAUUCAGACCAGGAUACUACACCCUGCCGCCACCGGAGCUCAGACAGCUUCCAGUUCCAGCCCCCGCUGCCCUCUGGCUCACCAUCCUUUGGUUUACCCCCUCCCUUACCUCAUGGUACUCCGCCAGCUACUCCCACACCACCUCCUCUUCCUAAGGGAACACCUCCCCCCACACCCACAAAUGGCUCAAGGGCCCUGCGGGAAUGCACUGUGAGAGGGAGUGAGGAGUCUGCAGGCGGGGAGGAGGAAGAGCUGACACUGGAAGAGCUGGAGGAGCAGCAGAGGCUGAUCUGGGCAGCAUUGGAAAAUGCUGACACAGCCACCAACAGUGACUCUGAGACACCAGCUGUUGGAACACCCCUCCCCAGCUCGCCCAGCAUCUCCACACCUGCCCAUGUUGACACUGAAACUGAAAUGGAGAAUGGUGAGACUGAAGAUUAUGAGGAAAAGGAGGGAUCUAUGGAGGCUGCCAGCCACAACAGUGAUGAGCAGAUCAGUGUUGAGACAUCUUCUAGCAAAUAUCAGGAUUAUGAGGAACAUGCUGAAGAUAAAGGCACGGUGGUUGAAAACAAGGGCAGCUUACUGCAAUCACCAGAUGAAGAAGAGGGCCCUCAGAGCCCUGAAGCUGCCACAGAUAGAGGCAAUGUGCUUGCACAGAAGGUCAGAUUGCUGCAAACGCCAGUGCACCAAGUGAGUCAUCAGUCGGAUCCCUCAGGUCAAGAUGCUAUGGAUGGAGAUCUGUCAGACUCUUUGGGGAAUGUAAUGGCCGUGCCUCACCGGAGUAGGUUUGCACAGGGCAUUAUUCCCUUUGAGGACACGCCAGAAUUCACAGAAGUUGCUGAGGCCACCGGGACAUACCUUCGAAUCCGAGACUUGCUGAAAGGUUCCCCCCGAAAUAUGGCGAAAAUCAAAGUGAGAAAAGACUAGUUUGAAUUCAAAUCCAGGGAUUAUUUUGCAUAAACACUUAAAAUUAUAAUUUUUUUUAACAAGUCUGUGGAUUUCAUACACUUUCCUUUCUGUAAGUGUGCCACAGAAAUUGGAGCGAAACCGUUUGGUGACCUCAAACAUCCUUUUUAAUGUUUUAUUUGUUGUACUAAACUGAAUGUCUUUUCUGUGUAUGAGUUAGCUGGGGUCUAAAGAUGCAAGGUUUUUCUUUCAGGAAACCCCAUUGCUAGUUUAGGUAGUGUCUGUUUUGACAUUCACAUAAUCAUUUUUGUAGCAAUGACAACAUCCAUAUGGCUCUUUUUAGGUGUAAAGAUUUUAUAAAAUGUUUUUCCUCUU